CUGAACUUGAAUUACUUCCAAAGGUAAGCAUCCAGUUCUUCUUCUUUUUUUUUCCCCUUAUAUAACUUACAUGUCUUCAUGUUUAAAGAGCUUUCAAAAAUAUUACAAACCAAACCAUGAUGGUUCAAGAGAGAUUAUUUGCCAUAAAUACAUUAUAAGGUUAAAUAGAGAAAAGCGUUUAACAACUUUUCAACUAUUAGAAAAAGGAAAAUGGGCAAAAGACACUUCCGUAACAAAAUGUGAAUUUUCAAUGAAGGAUAAAAACGAAAAGACAAAACAGUGUCAUGUCAAGUUUGGUCUAUUUACUCGGCGACAUCAUUGUAGAAGUUGCGGACAUAUCUUUUGUCAUACUCACAGUUCAAAUCUUUUACCUCUAUUUGCAUCUAAUGGUGAAGAGCGUGGUGAAUGGUCUCGCGUAUGCGAUCUAUGCUUCUUUAAUCGCAUUGAUGCACAAUCUUUAACUAGAUCAUAAAGAAAUUUACUUAUAUAUGAAGAGAAAAGAGAUACUUAUUUAAAUAAUAACAUAUGUAUAUUACUACGUUUCAAAGAAGUAUAUUUUUUUUUAUUUAAUAUAAUAUUUUACAAAAUUUUUUAAAAAAAAAAUUAACAC